AGAUUUGAGUUGAAUUCUCAUUGUCAUUGACAGAAUUUCGGCUGCUGUUCUGAACUUCUUAGGAUUAACUAGUAUUAAGUCAUUUUUAAUUGAUAAUCCUGGAAAAUGUUGCCUUCUCCGCCCAUCGUGGAGCGAGUGAAGUUCCCUUGUCCAGCCCUCCCCAAAGGUUGGAUUCGUGAGGAGAUUAUUCGAAAAACUGGCCUAUCCGCAGGGAAAGUGGACGUUGUCUAUUAUUCGCCUAACCAGAAAAAAUUCAAGAGUAAACCCCAGCUGUCCAGAUACUUGGGAGACUCGUUCGAUCUCGCAGGGUUCGACUUUCAAACAGGAAAAGUCAAUAGUUUGCUUAUCAAAAACAGAAAUAGAAAACCAAAGGUUCCCAUCGAUUACAAUCGUGGAGUUAGAAGCGAUUCAACGUUGCUUCCACCAAUUAGGCAAACAGCAAGCAUAUUUAAGCAACCAGUUACCAUCAUCAAAACUCAAAAGAGCAUGGUCAAGCAAGAUUUUAAACACGGACAUCAAGACAAACCGAAACAAGUGUUUUGGGAGAAGAGGCUGGAGGGGUUGAAGGCUUGUGACGCGGAUGGGGAAGAGCUCGAAAGUUUGACGUUGCCCAAAGGCGUGGAGCCAAUGGGCCCUCAUGUCACGGCUGACACCGUUUUGCAAUCUGUCGCCACAGCACUGCACGUCAACGGUCAGCCCAUCACUGGACAAACGAGCAACAGGACCAACCUGGACAACAACCCUGGCGUGUAUAUCAACCCCGAACAACCUUUAAUUCAGGCAAUAGUUGUGGCAGAAGAGGACAUUCGAAGUCAGGAAGAACGGGUGUUGGUUGCUAGAAAGCGGUUGGAAGAAGCAAUUCGAUCAUUGUAUUAGAUCUAUGAUGUAGUAUUUAAGCUUAUAAUUUAUUACAUACAGUAUUUAAUUUUCUUAAUAUUAAUAGUUAUUAGUUAACUGUUGUGACGAACAUUUUGUAAAGUUUUGGAUAUGCCUUCUUGUAAAUUAAACAAUAAUUUUAAUUUCACAUAU